AUGGGAUCAAAUAACCCUGAUCCUCACGAUAUGGAUCACCAAUUGAGGUCUAGUGGAUCAUCCGAAGAAACUAUCAUCAGUUCCCAAAGAAUUGGAGAUAGUAGUUCUACCUCAGAAUACUCUACGAUACCAACUUUUUAUGCAACCACCGGGAAUUCAGGUACAGCAAGGCAAGAAAUACCUUUGCAACAAAUAGGCGGAGAAAUUGUUAGACCAAGCACUCCAGAACGUAAUGAUAUUGGCGAUGAUUACGCCAACCAUCCUCCACCGAUCCCACUUCCCAGCUCGCCGUCAUAUAGCCAUUACCUUCAGGCGGUUGAGGCGGCGCCAUUGUUGGAUGUUGAAUACUCUGGGAUGGAAAUUGAAGACAUUUUGCGACGACCAUCGAAUUUCGGGCAAACAUUGGAUAAUAAUAAUAAUAAUGAUAAUAUGGCACUAGACACUCUGACAGAUCAUUUAUCGGCGAAUUAUCCAACGAUCAGAAGAAACGGGUCGAAUUUAACUUUUGAUAAUGCUGGUCAUUUCGAUAGACGAACUUCCUCGUCCUCUUCUUCAUCCACCUCUUCCCCAACCACCACCAUCAAUUUAUCACAACGGCUGGCCCGUCGAAGCUCAUCACAUCAUCAUAAUCACCAUCGUCGUCGAAGUUCGUCCGGCUCGAUAAUUGACCCCGAUAAUGAUGAAGGGACAAACGGUAAGGGACCCGACGAAACCCCAAAUGAUUCAAUGAAGGCGUUGAAAGCCAUGGUAUUUUCCUUUUUGAACCCAAAGCAACACUUGGCACUAGCGUUUUGUCGAGACUUGCCGCUUUGGCUCUGCCUAUAUUAUAUGGCGCAAUAUUUUUACGAAUCUUAUGAUAUUCAAUGGGGUACCGGGGGUACCGUCAACUACGAGGAACUGGUGAGCAUGUUAGUCAAACAAGGAGGGUUAUCAAUGGACCAUGAGAUCAUGGCUCGGAACGCCAUUGUGUUGGCCAAUAUGUUAAGCACCCGGUCUUCAGAGUACCUCAUCACAGGGAUGUGGUGCUUUGUGUCGUCGUUCAUGGUGUACUGUGUUCUCGAUGGGCUCAUUGUUCGAUGGAUCGUGGUGUAUUCGGUGCCGGCGGCGAUUGUUCGAGUAUUAUCGAUGUCGGUGUUGUUGAUCACCAUUAUCCGUGUGACAUUGGUGAUUUGCUGCCCUAGUGAUGCGUAUCUUUUACACACUUGGAUUUUCAUCAGUUGUAUCUUGACAUUGACGUACAUUAUUCAGAAUUUCUUUGUGCACGAUCUCAACGAGAAGAUUGUUAAUGAUUCGAAAAAGCGCCGAGGGUCUCAUCAUCACAUACCGAAUGUGAGCUAUCCAGAUAAUGAAGAAGUUGAUGACGAUAAUAAUGAUAAUUAUGAUGAUGAUGAUGAUGAUGAUUAUGAUAGUGAUGAUGAAUUGGAUGCAGACGCUGCUGUUGAAAGAAAGAUCUUACGGGGCACCAAAAAAAACAUUCUUGCCAAUAUUCUUAAUGGUAAUAUCCGUGUAGCGGGAUCUUCUAGGUACUUCAACUAUUAUAACAUUGUCAUUUAUGCAGUGAUGCCAAUUGGUGUGGCGAGUUUUCUCACGAUGAUUGUGUUGCUACGUAAUAUUUUGAUAUUGAAGGUGGAUGUGGAAACGAUUUAUAGGUCGAAUUAG